GUUUUAAAUGAUUUUGCCUCCAUCAACAGAAAAGUGGAGGGGAUAACUUUUUGGAAUUCAGCCUAGGGCUUCCUCUUUGACGUUUCGCUCACUCCUGGCUUGCACUCCCUCUCACUCUUUCCCUGAGGAAAGGCUGAAACUUAAGAGGGUUGAUUUAUCCUAAGGAAUUCAGUGCUUAAAGCCUUAGCCACUGUCAUAGUGUCACUCAUGAUGCACAGCUUCAUGGGAGGGGGCCUAUUUUGUGCCAUCGUGGGGAACAUCCUGUUGGUGGUUUCCACAGCCACAGACUACUGGAUGCAGUACCGUCUGUCUGGCAGCUUUGCCCAUCAGGGCUUGUGGAGGUACUGCAUGUCUGGCAAGUGUUACAUGCAGACUGACAGCAUUGCUUACUGGAAUGCCACUCGUGCUUUCAUGAUCCUCUCUGCCAUGUCAUGCUUUGCUGGCAUCAUCGCAGGAAUCCUCUCCUUUGCCCACUUUUCGGCCUUUGAGAGGUUCAACCGCUCAUUUGCUGCUGGGAUCAUGUUCUUUGUUUCAACUCUCUUUGUUCUGCUUGCAAUGGCCAUUUACACUGGAGUGACGGUGAACUUCCUGGGAAAGCGUUUUGGUGACUGGCUCUUGAAAUGGCCUUAGUGGAAAUUAAAUGCCACAUGACUUAUGUUUUGUUUUGCAGGUAUAUUCUACAUGUGUGCCUACAGAAUGCAUGAGUGCAGAAGAGUGGCUGGCCCACGUUAAAGUAAACAUGAAAUAACGUGUCAAGGGUGCAAAGGAUAUCAAUUCCAGUUCGAAAAUAGAGAAUUUACUGUAAAAUAAUAAAAUUUGGAAUUUUGCAUAUGCA